AUGAAGAAUUGUUUAUCAUUUUCUCGCCUCAAUUUUGCGGUAAUUCGGAAAUUGUCCCACAAUCGAGAUGUUCAGUUACAACGCCGACGUCAUAAUGGCUGGACUUGGCCUCCAUCACUUUUACAAAUACUUUUUUGGAUAACAGUACCUAUAUUUGCUUCAAGUACAGCAUUUUUACUCAUACCUUUGCAUAUAUUAUAUGCUCCUCUUGCCGUAUUCACUGGGACAAUAUGGCUUAUAUUACAAAUGAUCGUAUUGACAUGCAUUGAUCCAGCAGUAAGUAAUUUACGCAAAGAUCAAGCACCAGCAUAUUUCGAUACAACCAAGCACGAGCAUGUUAUUGAAAAUCUCUUCUGCAAUAUUUGCCUAAUUAAUGUAGAUCCAAAUUGUAAACAUUGUCGUCAGUGUAAUAAAUGCAUAUCCGGGUUCGAUCACCAUUGCAAAUGGCUUAAUAAUUGCAUCGGUUCGGUAAAUUACAGAUUAUUUUUAUUAUUAGUGUUAUCGGUAUGUUUUAUAUCAGCUCUCAUAUCGAUUUGUCUGAUUGUACUUGCUGUGAUAUCAUUUAUUAAUAUUGGAUUACUUCCAAAUGCAGACAAACUGCCAAUAAAACUGAUGUUAUGGCAAGGUCUGUGCGUUGGCGUUGCUGUCACAUACUCGAUUGUUGCAAUUUUGUGCGCACAUUUACUCUAUUUCCAUUACAAAUUAUGGCAGCGUGGCAUGACAACCUAUUAUUUCAUACGGAUUAAUAGAGAAUGCAAGAAUAAUCAGAAGCAGCAACAACGAAAACAACAGCAGCAGCAGCAGCAGGAGCAACAACAGGAAGAGAAGAAUUUAUCAAUAAAUGGUGGUUUAACACCUCUCGAGAAAACCUGUUCCAAAUUGAACAUUAUUAAAUCGAGAGCUAUUCGUGAUUCUAACAUUGAUAAUCCAUAUGUCUCUUUCACAUUUCAAGAAAGUCUCGCGAAUAAUGAGCAGAAAUGA